AUGAUGAAGAACGUACUGAUACAACAAGAUUUGGAUGAUGCACUCAGCGGUGAAAAGCCAGCAAGCAUGACAGACACAACAUGGACUAAGGUUCUCAAGAAAGCCAAGAGUUCUAUCGAGAUCCAUCUCACAAGAUUCGUUCGGAUACGCAUCACCAAAAAGAUGACUACCCAAGAAGCAUGGGAAAAGUUGGAGAAUGUUUAUAUGGGCAAAACCGUGUCCAAUAAACUUUUUCUAAAGGAUGAACUAUUCGGACUUCGACUGGAAGGAGAGCCUAGGUCAAAGGGUUCUAAGAUGUCUAAAGGGAAGAUGAAUGCGGAUCUAGGACCUGCGUUAAAGCCCUUUGACAGCAAGGAUGACUUCACAGACUGGCAAAGGAUGAUGAAGAACGUACUAAUACAACAAGAUUUGGAUGAUGCACUCAGCGGUGAGAAGCCAGCAAGCAUGACAGACACAACAUGGACUAAGGUUCUCAAGAAAGCCAAGAGUUCCAUCGAGAUCCAUCUCACAAGAUUCGUUCGGACACGCAUCACCAAAAAGAUGACUACCCAAGAAGCAUGGGAAAAGUUGGAGAAUGUUUAUAUGGGCAAAACCGUGUCCAAUAAACUUUUUCUAAAGGAUGAACUAUUCGGACUUCGACUGGAAGGAGGUCGAACUAACAAAGAUGAUGAUAUGGCUAUGAGGUCUCUACCUUCGUCUUUCAAGCACUUUCGAACAACUCUAAUGUUUGGAAAAGAGUCCUUGAAGCUUGAAGAUGUAAUUCAAGCUCUUCAGUCAUAUGUUAAGCUAGAUGAUAUAACUGAAAGCUCUCAAGGCCUUUAUGCCAAAGGAAAGGAGAAAGGGUGGGAAAAGACAAAGGAAGAGAAAACAGGCAACAGAGAUAGGUCAAAAUCCAAGAAGAAAAAGGAAAAGAAGGAAGGUUGCUUCGAAUGUGGUUCAACCGAUCAUUGGAAGAGGAACUGCAAGAUUUGGAAAGAGAAGAAAGCAAAGAGGGAAAGAAGCUCAGGUUCAACUAGUACAGUCACCGAGCAUGAGAGUGACGGGGAGCUUCUUUUAGUAACAUCAGGCUCCAAGGCUUUCACAAAUUGGAUUUUGGAUACCGGAUGCACUUUUCAUAUGUGUGAAGUAAGAGAAUGGUUCUAUACUUACAAAGAAGUCAGCAGCGGGGAAGUUUUAAUGAGGGAUGAUUCUUCAUGUCUUGUAAAAGGAAUCGGCACUGUUGGAAUCAAAAUGUUUGAUGGGAUGAUACGAGUUUUGGGGAACGUUAGAUAUGUCCCUAGACUAAGAAAGAAUUUGAUUUCCUUGGGUACUUUAGAUGAGGCCGGCUAUGGGUACGAGUCUAAAAAGGGAAGAUUCAGGGUAACCAAAGGAUCACUGGUGGUAAUGCGAGGUGACCUACAACCCAAUAAGCUGUAUAAGUUAAUUGGGACCACCAUAGUCGGGGGAGUAGCUGUUUCUAUAAAUCAAGGUAUAGAAGACAAGACUGAACUCUAUCAUCAUAGGCUUGGGCACAUAAGUCAGAAAGGGUUGCAAGAAUUACACAAGCAAGGCCUGUUGGAAGGCAUGUCAUCUUGCAAAAUGGACUUUUGUGAAUAUUGUGUUCUUGGAAAGCAAAGGAAUGUAUCAUUCACGAGUAGCAGUGCAGAUAACCGAAGCAAGGAGCAACUCAGCUAUAUUCACUCAGACGUUUGGGGCCCUGUACCAACCAAAUCAAAUGGUGGAACUAGGUAUUUUGUUACUUUCAUGGAUGAUUUUUCUAGGAAGGUUUGGGUUUAUUUCAUGAAGCAGAAAUCCGAGGCUUUUGCAAAGUUCAAGGAAUGGAAAACAAAAAUCGAAUAUCAAACUCGAAGAAAGAUCAAGUACCUGAGAAGUGACAAUGAAGUUCUCAGUUUUAAGAGUGCAGAAGAGGUAUGGUCUGAGAAGCCGAUGGACUAUUCCAAGUUCAGGGUAUUCGGCUGUAGUGCUUACGCACAUAUUCCAAGUGAUGAAAGGUCCAAGCUCAAACCAAAGUCUACACAUCGCAUAUUCUUUGGUUUUGAGAAUGGAGUGAAGGGUUUCAAGCUUUGGGAUAUCAACAACAGGAAAAAGGUUGUCAGCCGAGAUGUUGUCUUUGAUAAGACAACCAUGCCUCUGAAUAAAGUCGAGAGUAGUAGGGAGAAGAAAGACGAUACUGAAAUUGAAGCAACAAAAAUUCUGUUAAUCAGUUCAGAUGAAGAAGAAGCUCAGGUGGAGCAAAUUGAGCAAGAUGCCGAAUCUGAUGGUUUUGAGGAAGAAGAAGAGCAUCAACAUCGUUCACCAGUUAGGAAUCAGGUGGAGUAA